CGGUUGGAGUUCAAGGGGCGUUCAAUGUGACGAAGCUACUUCUCCGCCGCUGGAGAAAGAAAUGUAUAUAAGAAAAGAAUCGCAGGUAAGGAUCAUCAGUUGCACAUUAGUUAGCCACACGUCAACAACUGCAUUCAAUCAACCAUGAAAAUGAUAAUUGUCGCCCUCGCCCUUGUGGCUCUUGUUGCUGCUGCUCCCGUAGAGAAGGAGUCCCCAAAGAUCAUUCGUUCUGAAUACGACCAACAGUCAAACGGUGCAUACAGUUACCAAUUCGAAUCCGAAGACGGUAUUUCCAAGAGUGAGGUAGCUGAAGUUAAAGAGGUUCUCGAUGAGGACAACAAGCCCCAGCUUAUUUUAGUCAUCCGCGGUAGCUUCUCCUACCCCAGAAACGACGGUGGUGUCGAGACCAUCAACUACGUUGCUGAUGAGAAUGGUUUCCGCGCUGAAGGUCCUUCCAUCCCUCAGCCCCCAGCUCCCGCCAGCAAAUAAAUGACUAAAUGACUCGGAAAGAUUUUGAAUAGUUGACUGUUUACAAUUUAUUAUUUAAUUACCAGUAUAUAUCGGAAAAAUAUCUUCCGAAGCUACAUUGCUGUGAUUUAUACUGUUAAUUGAACUUAAAACUGCCAUUUUUGUACAUUUAUAUAAUUGGUUACGUUAUUGUGACCAAAAUAAAUAAAUAGUAAUAUAAAAUA